UCGAGAAAUUUGGAGCAAAAGAUUGAAUGGAUUAUAAAGGAUGCGACGGAACACGAGCUGACACUUACGCCCGAAGAGAAAUCGGUGGCAGCGCUGACGGCAAUAGACCGAAGCGAAUGGGCUGUCAUUCGUAAGGAGCACUUCAUGAGUGGACCCAACGAUAGGGCACGGGAUCUGAUCGAGCGCUCAAUAUUUAACGUGUUUAUUGUGGACGAAGUGCCCAACACUUUGAACGAUAGGGCAAAGUAUACGAUUCACGGCGACGGCACCUCUAUUUGGUUUGAUAAGUGCUUUAAUAUUAUAGUUUACUCUAAUGGCAACUGUGGACUGAAUUGUGAGCACAGCUUAGCGGACGCGCCGGCCUAUGCACACAUGUGGGAGUACGCCCUUUGCCGGGAUGUGAUUGAAAAGACAUUUGAUGACGACGGUACUUGUAUGCCUCCAAACCAGACCUUCAGACAGGGAUCGCUGAAAGAUGUCGUCCGAAUUGAUUGGGACUUAAGUUCACAAGAAUUGAAGCGCAAAAUCAAUAGUGCGCUCACUUCCGCCCGAAAGUCUAACCAAGACUUGGAUUUAGUUGUCUUCGAUCACAAGGAUUGGGGAAAAGGAGAGGUGAAGAAGUGUCGCAUAUCUCCGGACGCUUUCCUUCAAAUGGCGCUACAAAUGGCU